ACAGAGUCUUUGCUUUAGCUGAUACGCGUACAGUACUGGAAAAAUAAUAAAUAAUAACAGCAAAAAGUAGCAGCAGGGAAUAAAAUAAACAAAGAGAGGAUGAGAUGACGUGGAUAACGAACCUGUUAAAAAAAAAAAAGAAAAGGAUGGAAAGGAGGGAGAAGCCGAAAAGAAAUAUAAACCUUCGCGAGAGAGAAUGGAAUCUCAUUUUCCACUACCACACUCACCCUUUCUCUAAACCAACAUUCCCUCCUCUCCUCUCCUCUCCUCUCCUCUCUAUUUUAUUGAAUAAAUAAACAAACCAAAUUUACCAAAUACACCCAAUCUCAAAAAAGCACACCGCAAAAAUAACACUGAACCCUUCUCUCCUCAGUCUCUCCCCCGCUAUCAUCGCUUCUUUCUUUUUCUUCCCCUCUCCGCCAUUUUUCUUCAUUUCCCAUCAGACCACCUCAAUCAAACUGUGAUUACCACCAAAAAUGACACUAUGACGACGCCGUCUCCCCCACCACCAAGAACCGUUCGCAAGCUACUCGUCCAUGUAGUCAAUGCACGUGAUCUUCUUCCCAAGGAUGGCCAGGGAAGCUCCAGCCCUUACGUCAUCGUUGAUUUUGAUGGCCAGAAGAAACGAACCUCCACCAGGUACCGGGAACUCAAUCCUGAAUGGAACGAAAUUCUCGAGUUUACUGUCUCUGACCCGGAUAAUAUGGAAUUCGAGGAGCUAGAAAUUGAGGUCUUUAAUGAUAAGAAGUACGGCAAUGGCAGUGGCCGGAAAAAUCACUUCCUUGGUAGGGUAAAAUUGUACGGUUCUCAGUUUGCUAAAAGAGGAGAAGAAGGUCUCAUUUAUUUUCCUCUCGAGAAGAAAAGUGUUUUUAGCUGGAUCAGAGGUGAGAUUGGAUUGAAAAUUUGUUACUAUGAUGAAUUGGUCAUGGACGAGCAACAGCAGCCACCUCCGCCUGAUAAGGACGCGCCGCCGCCACAUGAACCGCCGAAGUCUCCCGCCGUUGUGGUGGUGGAAGAAGGCAAAGUUUUUGAGGUCCCUCAACAUCCCGAGCUCUCUCAUAGUCAUCGAUUUCACGAUGGAUGUCACUUGCCUCCUGUUGUUGUUAUUGAGGAAUCUCCUCCUCCGAUGGUGCACGUACAUGCAGAGCCACCUGCUCCGGAGCCAGCAGCGCCACCGCCAGAGGCUCAAUACACUCCUGAUAUAAGAAAGAUGCAGACUACCAGAGUUGCUGCAGCUGGCGGUGACAGAGUGAGAUUAUCGAGGCGGCCAAAUGGAGAAUACUCGCCUAGAGUGAUUUCUGGAAAAUUUGCCGGUGAAACGGAGCGAGUCCAUCCCUACGAUCUCGUUGAACCAAUGCAGUAUUUGUUCAUCAGAAUAGUGAAGGCGCGUGGUUUAUCGCAAAACGAGAGCCCAUACGUGAAAAUCAGGACUUCGAAUCAUUUUGUCAAAUCUAAACCGGCAAUUUACCGGCCUGGUGAGCCAACCGAUUCUCCCGAGUGGCAUCAAGUGUUUGCUCUUGGUCACAACAGACCUGACUCAGCUAGCUCAACUUUAGAAAUUUCGGUUUGGGACUCACCAGAGCAGUUUCUUGGAGGCGUUUGCUUUGAUCUCUCUGAUGUUCCCGUGCGAGACCCACCAGACAGUCCUUUGGCUCCUCAAUGGUACCGCCUCGAGAGCAGCCCUGAUCAACAUUCCGGUAGGGUCUCCGGCGACAUCCAGCUCUCCGUUUGGAUCGGAACUCAAAACGACGAUGCUUUUCCGGAGGCCUGGAGCUCUGACGCGCCUUAUGUGGCUCACACUCGCUCAAAGGUUUACCAGUCCCCAAAACUCUGGUAUUUAAGAGUCACAGUACUUGAAGCACAGGAUCUUCACAUCGCUUCCAAUCUACCUCCACUAACGGCACCAGAGAUUCGAGUCAAGGCUCAUCUUGGAUUUCAAUCGGUAAGAACCAGGCGAGGGUCCAUGAGUAAUCAUAGUGCAUCGUUUCAAUGGCAUGAGGAUUUGAUUUUCGUCGCCGGCGAGCCCUUGGAAGACUUCCUUAUCUUGGUUAUCGAGGACCGUACAAGCAAGGAAGCAAUAUCUCUCGGACACAUCCUAAUUCCAGUAAGUUCGAUCGAGCAACGAAUUGAUGAGCGCCAUGUGGCAUCAAAAUGGUUCGCAUUGGAGGGAGGAGCCACCGCCGGAGCAAAUUGCGUAGGUGGCUGCUACCACGGCAGAAUUCAUCUCCGUCUCUGCUUGGAAGGAGGAUAUCACGUGUUAGACGAAGCGGCGCACGUGUGCAGCGACUUUAGGCCGACGGCUAAGCAGCUAUGGAAGCCGGCUAUAGGAAUUUUGGAAUUGGGGAUUCUUGGCGCUCGUGGCUUGCUGCCUAUGAAAAACAGAGGUGGAGGUAAGGGGUCCACCGAUGCUUACUGUGUUGCUAAAUAUGGCAAAAAGUGGGUUCGAACGAGAACUAUUACUGACAGUUUUGAUCCACGUUGGAACGAACAGUACACGUGGCAAGUUUAUGACCCUUGCACCGUCUUGACUAUUGGUGUCUUUGACAACUGGCGUAUGUUUGCCGAUCCGUCAGAAGAGAAGGGUGACAACCGUAUAGGGAAAGUCCGGAUACGCGUAUCUACGCUGGAGAGCAAUAAGGUGUAUACUAAUUCUUAUCCUUUGUUGGUUUUAUUAAGAACCGGAUUAAAGAAAAUGGGCGAGAUCGAAGUAGCGGUUCGGUUUGCCUGCCCGAGUUUGUUACCUGAUACUUGUGCUGUAUACGGUCAGCCAUUGCUUCCUAGAAUGCACUAUCUCCGCCCACUUGGGGUGGCCCAACAAGAAGCACUGCGUGGAGCCGCCACCAAAAUGGUUGCUUCAUGGCUCGCUCGCUCCGAACCACCGUUAGGGCCUGAGGUAGUACAGUACAUGUUGGAUGCAGACUCUCACACCUGGAGCAUGAGAAAAAGCAAGGCUAAUUGGUUUCGGAUUGUAGCUGUUCUUGCAUGGGCAGUCGGGUUGGCGAAAUGGUUGCAUAAUAUCCGGAGAUGGAAAAACCCAGUUACAACAGUACUGGUUCAUCUCUUGUAUCUGGUACUUGUUUGGUACCCGGAUUUGAUUGUCCCAACCGGGUUCUUAUACGUGUUUCUGAUUGGUGUGUGGUAUUAUAGGUUCAGGCCCAAAAUACCAGCGGGAAUGGAUAUUCGGUUAUCUCAAUCGGAGUCAGUUGACCCAGAUGAGUUAGAUGAAGAAUUUGACACAAUACCAAGCUCAAAACCACCAGAUAUAAUUCGGGCAAGAUAUGACCGGUUACGGAUUUUGGCAGCCCGGGUCCAAACAGUAUUGGGAGAUUUUGCGACCCAAGGAGAGCGGGUUCAAGCAUUAGUAAGUUGGAGGGACCCAAGAGCGACAAAAUUAUUCAUAGCGGUGUGUUUGACUAUAACCAUAAUUCUUUAUGCAGUACCACCAAAAAUGGUUGCUGUGGCCUUGGGAUUCUACUAUUUACGGCACCCAAUGUUCAGGGAUCCAAUGCCACCGGCUAGCUUGAACUUCUUCCGGCGGCUUCCAAGCUUAUCGGAUCGGUUAAUGUAGAUUUGGUAGAGUUGGAUAUAAUAAAAAUUAUAUAAUAUAGUAUUUUUAUAGUAGUAGUGAGAAGAAAGUAAAAUUUUUGGGCACCAAUCAAGAGGGAACUAUUUUUGAGUUGAAAAAUAAGAUUAUGAUUUAUUAUUAUUAUUAUUAUUAUAAGGUGGGGAAAGUGGGGGAUUAAAAGUAAAAAAGUGGCAAGCUGGCAUAAUGUGUCUUUUACAUUUUUCCUAAUUGAAAUUUGAUCGAUUAAAGGCUGGAAACUUGAAAUGAGAGAAAGGAAUGGGGAAGCAAAGACAAGAGAUCGAUUGAUGUAAUGGUGUCGCGGAAAGUAGAAGCAUGGAAUUGCUUUCUAACCUAUAAAACUGUAAUGUUAACUAUUUUUCUGUUGUUCUAAUUUAUUUAUGUAUGUUGAAAAAUCUCAAUGUAGGGCACUGGGCUCUGAGAGCAGCAGUUAUCACUUGCUAUAUGUUGAAAAAAAUAGAAUAAAAUUUACUUUUAUAUA